AUGGAGAUUGUGUUGGACAUAUAUGAUGGUUAUGCCUACUCCCUGGCUUCAGUCCUGGGUAGUAAAUGCCUAGAGUGUGGAAAGAGCUUUGCUUGCAGCACACACUUUAAGCUGCAUCAAAGAAUUCAUACAGGGGAGAAGCGCUAUAAAUGCCUAGAGUGCGGAAAGAGCUUUGCUCACAGUACAGAUUGUAAGAAACAUCAAAGGACUCACACAGGGGAGAAGCCCUACAAAUGCCUAGAGUGCGGAAAGAGCUUUGCUCACAGCACACCGUGUAAGCAACAUCAAAGAAUUCAUACAGGGGAGAAGCCCUACAGAUGCCUAGAAUGCAGAAAGAGUUUUGGUCAGAGUGGCCACCUUAAUCAACAUCAAAGAAUUCACACAGGGGAGAAGCCCUAUGAAUGCCUGGAGUGCGGAAAGACCUGUGCUCACAACGCAGACCUUAAGAAACAUCAAAGAAUUCACACGAAGCAGAAGCCAUAG